CUGACGCGGAAGGGAGCGGAGCCGGGAAGAGCCAUGGCGGCGGCGGCCUCGGGCUCGGUGUGGUGCUGCCUGCGCUGGGCCUGCUGCGGGGAAGGCGGCGGGGGCCACAUCCCGCUCAAGGAGAUGCUGGCCGUGCAGCUGGACACGCAGCGAAUGGGGACAGACGUUGUCAUCGUCAAGAACGGACGAAGAGUUUGCGGUACGGGAGGCUGCUUAGCCAACGCCCCUCUGCAUCAAAACAAGAGUUACUUUGAGUUUAAAAUCCAGUCUACAGGAAUCUGGGGUGUUGGAGUCGCAACUCAGAAAGUCCACUUGAAUCAAAUCCCUCUUGGGCGUGAUACGAAUAGUUUAGUCCUGAGAAAUGACGGUGCACUUUACUACAACAAUGAAGAAAAGAACAGGUUGCCGGCAAACAGCCUUCCACAGGAGGGCGACGUGGUGGGUAUUACGUAUGACCAUGUAGAACUAAAUGUUUACCUAAAUGGGAAAAAUAUGCACUGUCCGGCGUCAGGAAUCAGAGGAACAGUCUUCCCUGUAGUAUAUGUGGAUGACAGCGCCAUUUUGGAUUGCCAGUUCAGUGACUUUUAUCACACGCCUCCAACAGGGUUUGAAAAGAUCCUCUUUGAGCAACAGAUUUUCUGAAGGUUCCCAUUCAGUGCCCAGCCCUUGCUAUAAGACCCACUCUCUGUUCCCAGAGCACACAUACCUGUAUUGAGUCCAAGUACUUCUUAUUUGUCUGCAAAACAUUACCUGUGUUGCAAAUGCUAGACCUGAUAUUGUUUUGUGAUGUGGACAAUAUUUGUAUUUCAUGUAAAGGGAUAUGGCUGACAGUAUUCACUGACACGGAAGCUCUAAUGUCGCUGUACAAUAAAUAGUUCUUAUACAUAUCAAUAUGUUUCCACAAAACUGGAGGGACUGAAGUCCGUCCUGACAUGUUUCCUAGUAUCUUUGUAUUCUCUGUUCGUAUGUAGUCCGAGAAACUACUCCAGGGCUUUAUGGAUUUCUGGUCUCUUGUACAGAGCUGCUCAUAGUUGGCAAGGUUGGCAGCUAUGAUUUUUAGUUAUUUUUUUAACUGCUGAGAUUCCUAUUUAAUUUAAUUCUGAGAGUUCUUUUCGUUAAGACCAGGGCAAGGUCCUGAAUGUAAAAAGCCGAAGGUCAUCUUGCUGUGUUCUGCUGACAAAAGUUUAAAAAUUGGCAAAUGAGCGCUGCUGGUGGUUAUAAUAAAGCUUUAUUUCUGAACUGAACCAGAUUUUGGCAGAUAGUUUGUGCUUUCUGGAAGACACGUAAUAAAAGU